AUGGUUGUUACUUACUUAGCAGAAUGGAGCAGUACUUUCUCCAUGCAGGGAAUAUUUGUCUUAGGAUUGCCGUAUGCUCUCCUCCACAGUGGAUACAGUGGUCUACUUCUUAUUGUCUUGGCUGCAGCAUUAUGCUGUUACACAGGCAAAAUUCUAAUUGCUUGCUUGUAUGAAGAGAAUGAAGACGGGCAAGUGACAAGAGUGAGAGACACAUACGAAGAUAUUGCAAAUGCCUGCUGCAAAAAGCUGUCUCCCAGUCUAGGUGGCGUAGUUGUCAAUGUGACCCAAGUGGUGGAACUGAUCAUGACAUGUAUUUUGUAUCUGGUUGCUAGUGGGAACUUGCUGUCACACAGUUUCCCGUAUGUACCCGUGACUGAGAAAACUUGGUCUGUAAUCGCAUUUGUUACUCUGUUGCCUUGUAUAUUUAUCAGAACUCUCAAAAUUGUUUCCAAACUCAGCCAGCUUUGCUCUUUGGUUCAUUUUGUUAUCAUCUUUGUAGUGAUAACUUACUGUCUCACACAAAUACGUCAGUGGUCCUGGGCAAAAUUCAGACUCUCUCUUGAAUUUGAGGACUUCUUGGUCUCUGUAGGGGUGAUCAUUUUCAGUUAUACUUCACAAAUAUUUCUUCCCACACUUGAAGGUAAUAUGAAAAACCCAGGGGAAUUUAGGUGUAUGCUAAAUUGGACUCAUUUUUUUGCCUGUAUCUUGAAAACAACCUUUGCACUUACUGCUUUCUUGACCUGGGGUGAAAAGACAAAGGAAGUUAUUACUGACAACCUGCCAUCCUUUCUUGAAACCCUUGUGAAUUUAUGUCUUUUAACCAAGGCUCUUCUUUCUUACCCUUUGCCCUUUUUUGCAGCCACAGAAAUUGUGUAUUCUUGUAUUUCUAAAGACAACCAUUCCAAUUACAGAUCUCUACUUGCUCUGACUGUAAGAGGCUCAUUUCUCUUGUUAACUCUGUUGAUGGCCAUGUUCACACCACAUUUUGCCCUGUUGAUGGGUUUGUCAGGCAGUGUAACAGGUGCUGCUAUGACUUUUCUUCUUCCUUCUCUCUUCCAUUUAAAACUUAAAUGGAAAAAACUCUCCUUCUUAGAGAAAUGUGCAGAUAUCUCUGUUUUUAUUUUGGGCUUCCUUUGUAGCCUUGCAGGCAUAGUUUGCUCAAUAAAAGGGCUGCUUGAAGUAUUUGGAGGAGUAUAA